AUAUCCCUAAUCUAGCAUAUCUGUAUCUGUUUCGUCCUCCCUCUCCCGCUCCGUUAGGCCAUAAUGUCUGGUGUCUGGUAUUCACUCCUGAGCUGAAGCAUAACUUCUGAAUAGAUAGAUAUCUCCGUUGUAUAUACCUGAAAAAUUAUCAGAGUUUGACGUUGGUUUGACGUAAGCUGCAUCAGUCAAAACGCGUGACGUAUUAACGACUUAUUUGGUGAGCAACGGUUUAUACAACCGCGUGUGAUAUUUGGGAAACGUAUCGUGAACUAUUACAACUAGAGUUUUAUUACAAUGUCGUUCGUUUCGCCGAUGCCAAGCGAGGAAUUUCUUCGUGAUGUUUUUCGAAGAGUUGAUAAAGAUGGGUCGGGAUCGAUUACAGCUGACGAGCUCCAAGUGGCAUUGUCCAAUGGAACUUGGACUCCAUUUAAUCCGGAAACGGUUCGUUUGAUGAUAGGUAUGUUUGACACUGACAAAAUCGAUCCUGCUUCUCCAGGUAUGUUCGAUAAGAGUGGCAAUGGCACAGUGAGCUUCUCCGAGUUUGGUGCUCUUUGGAAGUACGUCACAGACUGGCAAAAUUGUUUUCGAUCUUUCGAUCGUGACAACAGCGGUAACAUUGACCGUGAAGAGCUACAAACUGCACUGAGAAACUUUGGCUAUCAACUAUCGCCCAAUCUUGUUGAACUUAUUCUUCGCAAAUAUGAUCGAGCAGGACAUGGCACCAUUUAUUUUGAUGAUUUUAUUCAGUGCUGCAUCGUAUUGUAUACACUGACGUCAGCGUUCAGAAAGUACGACCACGAUCUGGAUGGCGUGAUAACGAUUCAUUACGAACAAUUUUUAAGCAUGGUAUUCAAUCUGAAAAUUUAAAAUCUCGAGGAUUUGGCACCGUGCCAGUCAUCGUAACAGGCGAGCAUGCAAAAGAUUUUGAGAUGAAAUUUUUUCAUCCAAGUCAGCAAUACAUUCAGAGUGUGAAUGAUUCACUGAUAAAAGCAAAUCAACAUUUUCAAACUGUUCUUAUUAUCUGGAUGUGAAUCAUGUCUUGAUUGCUUGAUAUUGAAUAACGAUAACAUCUCUCACGAAAGUACUGCAUUCGUUGCAGUUGAACAGUCGAUUAUAUCUUUAUCGAAGAUCGUCUUAACAUUCCCACCUGAACGGUUCUAAAUGCGUGUCGGUUGUUUUCUUCAAAAUUUUUAUACUCUAUAUGGCCUUGAAAUUAUGUCCCAGUUUAAUUAUAUAUAACAUUCGAAUUUGCCAAAUCAACAGCUGGUGCUUGCCGUGUGUUCAAAUUUUCUCCUCAAAUUUAGAUUUUAUAUUCAACAUGCUGCGCUUAUAAUAGAUUAAAUAUUUUAUUUGAUAAUAUUUUCUUUUACAUCACAUUUACUACAGUCUGUAUGCUGUAACCAAUGCCCACGACGGAAUGCGUCCUGCCUAAAGAGACAAAUUUCACGCUAAUAUCGUUGGAAUGCAAUUGAAUUCUAUGCUUUCUCAUGUGAAGUUCAGAAUUUAUAGGCAGUGAUUGCUCACGAUUAUGAAACAAUGUUUUAUGGAGCCGUAAGAACAAACUCUGAAGUAAAAAAUUCAACAUGCGAAAGUUUUUUUUCAAAUUGAACAGUUGCUAUGUUUACAGACGACACGGAGUUUGAAUUCAUAGAAUAAUAAAAACGUUUCAAUCAGUUCAAAUGACUGUAAAUUCGUUUUUUCAAAAACCUCAAGUUACAAAAAUUGAGCAAAUGUUAAAAGAUUGAACAGAAAUGCAAAAUGACUGGCUGUUCUACAACGAUCUGAAAACAAAUACCAUGAAUAAUUGAUGAAUUUAUCGUGAAAGUGACAAGGGUCUUCGUCAUUAAAAUAUAAUUUCUUUUAGUCCAGUAAUAAAAUACGUUAAUCGGUUUUUUUUAUUAUUAAAAACUCCGAUUUCGAGCCUCUCGUUCUGUUUAAUAAAGCUUUGGAAAAAAACGUUUAUGUAUGAAAUAUAAUCUCAGGGGGACUUGGCUAAUCAAGUGCUAUUUUAUAGCAGAAUUAUUCACUAUUUGCGUACAAAUAAUUCAGGUAUAUCGUCCUAAUGUCAAAUAUAUACAUAAACAUAUUUAUACAUAUUAAUAUAUCUUCUGGCUAUGUCAAUUCUAUCGAUAUGAGUUAGCAGUCUAAACAAUUUCCCAUACUUGUAUUUUAUGACCAAUUAUAACGUAUGGAAUUUAAAUUUCACAGUUUUCACAUGUGAUAGAGCACAAAAAACGAUGAAAAUUAAUUUCCAUGGUUGAUACAUAAAGAUACGUUACAUAUAAUAAUUGUUAAGCGAACAAAAUGUAAUAAAAACGGUAUGUCGUGAAUCCUACGUUACUCCAAAGUUUUCCAAUAUUCACUGUUUUUGACCGUUCUACAGAGUAUGUUUGUUGAAUAUUUUGUAUAUCAUUAACUCAGCUAUAAAUAUGUUCCAUUUGUAUUGAGAUGUCUCGAAAUAUAUUUUAUCGACGAAAGUCUA